AUAACUUUGCUGGUAUGAUGUGGGCAGCGGCUGCAGAGCUUCGAGGGCAGUUUUCUGUGUUGCCUAAAACGCUUGACGUUAGCUUUCCUGACCUCAGUCAACCCAAAGUAACAAACAUUUUUGCUCCAGUGUAAAAGGCUGCCUUGCCGACGGGUCAACUCACUGCUGUUAAAUUGAAAGCCACAAAGCUAAAGGUGCCGGGGGUAAGUUAAAGGCACCGUCCCUUUAUGCUGGUGCAGUCAGCUCGGCUGUUCCCCCUCAUCGUCUCCAAUCACCUGCGACCUUCUUGCACCCGUUCUGCCGGACGGGCAUUUCAGUGGAGGCUACGCGGUGGUGCUGCCGCUAUCAGCAGGGGCCUGAAAUCUAUGGAGCCCCUAAACGCCUCUCAGGACCCCGAGGUUCCCACCACCAACCCUCCGUCUACGUCUGCUGGAUCUUCGGCAGAUGUUGUGAGCCCAUCCCCCACAGAUACAGCCUCUGAAGAAGAGAGGACACCUCCUGUGGGUCUUUUACCAGGGGAGACGGUGGUCAAGGAGGGCAAGGCGGCCAUCUUGUUUCCCAAUGCAAAUGAAGUCUUUUACAACCCAGUCCAGGAGUUUAACAGAGAUUUGACAUGUGCUGUGAUCACAGAGUUUGCCAGAGAUCUGCUGGCUCAGCGUGGGGUGAAGGUGGUGGUGCCUGGAGAGAAAGAGAGGGUGGUGGUCUCUCUGUCAGAGGAGCAGAACGAGGCCGAUGUGCAGAUGGAGGAGAAAAACGGAGCAGAGGAGCCGGCCCUAACCGCGAAAGUGGGGGAGAAAUGCGAGCUUGGUCUUCGUGUCCUGGAGGGUCUGGCGGCAUCGGGUUUGCGCUCGGUGCGUUUUGCUCUGGAAGUCCCGGGCCUGCAGAGCGUCACCGCCAACGACUUCUCCGCCAAGGCUGCGGCCCUGAUCGCCAGGAACGCCCAGUACAACGGAGUCAGCCACCUGCUCCAGCCCAGCUGCAGGGACGCCAGUAUGCUGAUGUAUGAGAUGCGAGGGAAGAAGGAGCGCUAUGACGUCAUUGAUCUGGAUCCCUACGGAAGCCCCGCCUCCUUCCUGGAUGCCGCCGUACAGGCCGUCGGUGAAGGAGGCCUGUUGUGUGUAACAUGUACAGACAUGGCGGUGAUGGCGGGAAACAGUGGCGAGACCUGCUACAGCAAAUACGGUUCAGUCUCCAUCAAAUCCAAAUACUGCCAUGAAAUGGCUCUUCGUAUCAUCCUCCACAGUCUGGACCAGAGGGCGGGGGUGUACCAGCGAUACAUCCAGCCCCUGCUGUCCGUCAGCGUCGACUUUUACAUUCGAGUCUUUGUGCGUGUCUUCACAGGACAGGCUACAGUCAAAAACUCAGCCAGUAAACAGGCUCUGGUCUACAACUGCGUCGGCUGCGGGUCUUUCCACUUACAGAGAAUGGGCAGGAGAACGAGCAAUGGAAAAAAUAUGAAGUAUUCUGCUGCCACUGGACCCCCCGUCGGACCAGAGUGUGACCACUGUGGACAGAGACAUCAGCUGGGUGGUCCUAUCUGGGCGGAGCCCAUCCACGACUUGGCGUUUGUCCAAAAGGUUUUGUCUGCCGUGUCUGGGAACCCGUCCCGAUUUGGAACAUCCAAACGCAUCCAGGGGGUGCUCAGCAUGGUGACUGAGGAGUUGGAAGACGUGCCUCUUUAUUGCACUGUGGACAGUCUGAGCAGCACGAUACACUGCAAUACUCCACCCCUGCUCCAGUUUAGGUCUGCCCUUCUGCAUGCCGGUCACAGGGUUUCCCUCUCUCAUGCCUGUAAGAACGCCAUCAAGACAGACGCUCCUCCUGGGGCCAUCUGGGACAUCAUGCGAUGCUGGGUUUCCUCGACCUCCCAGAAUUCACAGGCUCCUGAAUCACAUAAUGCACAAUCCUUACUUACACACGUAUGUUUGACUGGUCGUGUGCCACAGGAGAAGGCUAAUCCUGUGAAGAGGGAGAAGCUGUCCCAGACUAGCCCUGCCUUUAAGAUCCUCUCCACUGAGCCCAGCCUGGAGGCUUGUUUCACCGUGAGGGAGGACGCCAACCCUCAGUCCCGUAAACGCCACCUGACCCGGUUCCAGGAGAACCCUCAGGCGUUCUGGGGGCCCAAAGCUCGCGCCAAAGCCAGCGGUAGCAUCUCUACCGACCUGCAGGACAAGAGGAAGAAGUUCCAGAACAAGAGGAAGAACCAGAUCACAGACUCUGCUCAGCUGAAAAACUUCCCCUGCAAGAGGUUCAGACAGGGGACAUGUACACAUGGAGACAAAUGCUGCUACUCCCAUGGCCUGGAGCAGACAAAAGAAGAGGAAAUGGAAUGAUUCCACCAUGUUCUCCUAAACCAGUUGUGUGGUGUUUUUGUUUUUUUUUUUCUUCCAUUUUUUAAAAAUAAUUUUAUGUCUGGAGUUUGAAUGGCCUUAGGGCAGCCUGGAUAAAGUGAGCAUGAUGCGCUGCAGUCAGGUUUGAGGACAAGAACCUAAUAUACAGAACAUAUCCAUCAUUCAGUUUUAUGCCAGAGGUGUUUGCGUUAGCGUCAAUUUUUUUUAUUUUUUAUUAUUAUGCCGUCGCCAACGCGUAUUACGUACCAAUAAAGUCCCCGCUAAGACUUUAAACGUUUCUUUGUCCUCUUUACGGGUCAUUCGGGUGUGUUUGUUUGGUCAUCAGUUUUUUAACAGUCACUGGAUUCACACAGUCGGGCUGUGAGCGCGUGCCUCAGGUGGGUUGCUCAGUCGUAGCGAAGGGUCGAAAUGUCUUAGCAUAAAAAUGUUCCCGUCCCCGUGGCACAAAUGCUGCAUGUCGCAGUCGAUGGUGACUGAGGAGAUCCCAGCUUCUUUUUGAAAACACGUGUCUCAAGCCAACGGCGCAACAUCUGCUCAACAUCCAAAUUAAGAGCGAAACCUGCCUCAGCCUGUUUGUGACUGUGCACAGCAUCUGUGACAUUAACGCGCAAGUAACACAGUAAGAAUGACAGAAUUUAUUAUGAGCUUUGUGGUGAUCAGUAUAAAAUCAUUUUCAAAGUAUAUAUACAAACACACAGGCAGAAAUAGACAAGUUACACUUAUUGCACUCAGGCAGGCAGGCAGUACGUGUCGGCACCAGUUUCUCGAGAGAAAAUAUCUGAACAGGGAAUUGGGUUUCUGUGUGGUUGGAAGUGAAUGUGUCAGUUUUGGAGGGAUAUGGCUGUAUUUUCUCGUUGAUUUUUGAUGUGUCUGCAGUUUAAAAAAAAAAAAAAAAA